AUGGCCCCGGCCGCUUUGCUGUCCUCGUGGCAGCAAGCGAAGUGCCUGCUGCUGCUGCUGCUGCUUUCUGACUGCUGCCCGUGCGAGUCGGCCUCCACCACGUCUUUCCCAAAGGACCUGGAGCCUCUCAGCGUGGUCAACUCAGAACAGUCGUACCAGUAUCCAGGUUUUCAUGGUUUGCCUCAGGACAACGACACGCUGCGCCUGGGCCUGGACUUUCAGAGAAUGCUACGGAUCAAUCACAUACUUUAUAUUGCAGCGAGGGAUCAUGUAUUUGCUGUGAACCUGACGACGGCUUCAGAAGAGUUUGUCCCACAGCUGACGCAGUUAAUGUCGGGGCGGAAGAACAAAACUACAGCUUGUAAUAUGCGAGGCAGCACAAAGGACACGCUUCCUUUGAUCUGCACACCUUCUCCUCAUCAAAAGGAAAAGGUUACAGGGUGGCUUCUGACAGUAAUGGGCCUCCUGGUGUAUUGUGGGAUGGUGGACUCACAGCAGCGCUUUGAUAAGCUGACGUGGCGAUCCAAAGAUGUCAGCAAGUGUACGGUCAGAGGGAAGAACAGCGACGAGUGCUACAACUAUGUCAAAGUGCUGGUGCCCCGAAAUGACGAGACCCUUUUCACCUGUGGGACCAAUGCCUUCAACCCAACCUGCCGGAAUUACAAGGUAAACAUGGAGUCUCUGGUGUCCCCAAAGGGAGAGCAGGUAGAGUUGCGCCCACUCAGUGACAGCUGUGGUGGGUAUCUCCACUUUGAAACCAAUGGUGGUCAGUGCAGCGUUACACCACUGAUAUCCUCCUGGGGUUAA